GCUAGUAGAUAUGAGGAACAUGAGUGCUUUUCGUAUUCGAUGAAGUCCGUUUUUCAUUUUCUAAAUCAUGCUGUAGUGAGGAACCGAAGACAUACAAUGGAAAUAUCCGAAUCGACAAGGGCAGUGUUUUUUGUAAGUCGCGUGUUUGGUCUUGCUCCUUAUGUAGUGAAGAAAACUUCCAAAGGACAAAUUGUGGAUUACAAACGGAACUUGUUCUUGGUGAUUUAUGGCUUAUGCGUUGUGUUUUGUUUGGCUGGAUUGACAUUCAAAGGAAUAUUUCUCGAUAUUAACUCGAAGAAACCAAUACGUUUCGUUAUUAGGAUGAAGACAGCAACUUCUAAGGUGGUCACUACAUUGGAUGUAUCGGUCGUCGUUUCUGCCUGCAUUUGCGGAGUUUUUUGCGGUGUGUAUGGAUUGCCAUACGUGAGAGAACUCAAUCAACGUCUGAAUGAGGCGGACGAUAUGCUUUCGGUGUAUGUCAAGGCGGACAAACAGAGCAAAGAGAAGCGAAAAGGUCUCACAAUGUUAGCUUUGGUGGGAGUCAUCAUAACAGGAGCGCUAGCCCUCGACAUUUGGGUCUGGUAUCGGAUAGCGCAAAAAGUGAAAAAAGAAAAUCAAGACUCGGGUGCCAAUGUGUUGGGAUACUGCCCAUUCUACGCCCUCUAUUAUAUACUGAUGAUGUUUCAUGUCUUAUUUGCACAAUCGGCUCUAGGAAUAAGCAGCCGUUUUCGUCAUCUAAACAUUGCGCUUUAUCACGUGUUACCGGAAUCAAGCAAGAUACCAGUGAUAGAAAUAACGUCGGCGUCAUCUAUAAACAAUGUUUCUGAAAGAAUGGAUAAUGCAAAAGAGCAGAAGAAAGGUUUAACUGCUAUAUCACACGUGAUACAAUCGAUCGAUGAUGGCAGAAGGAUGGCGAUGAGUCGUUUCAUGGUGCAUGAUGAAAGGUGCCGAAGGAGAAUUAGAUUUGCACUGGGGAGGCGCAUAUUGGACCAAUCAAAACGUGGGAUUUGCCGCAGCAGAAAAUCAAACCAAACGCAUGAUUCAUUGCACAGCCUAUUCGUAUUGAUAGAUCAACAGGGAGAGCACAGAUUGCUUGUAACAAUCGACCAAUCGGAAUGCGGGAUAUUCGUAUUGAUAUUGAUAAUUUUGUAAUUGUUCGAUUGUAAGAUUCAUAAAAUAUUUAUUUUUGUUCAUUAUAUUAAAUUAUUAGGGAAUCCCUAAAUCGAUUGAUGCAAAUGUCUAGUAAAGCCCUCAGCAAAUGACUGAGCAAGAAGCGUUUAAAAUUGAACAAUCAUUGCGAUGCAACAGUUUUUUCGUUCUUCAAUUUGUACCCCAAUAUGUUUUCAAAAGACGUAAUCCUACGUAAAAAAGUUUUUUCUCAAAACCAAAAUACCAUAAAAAAUAAAUAUAAUUCGUCAACAAAAUUGAAUUUCUUAUAAAAAUCAGGAUAAAUGCUAGACAACGAAAACUUAAUCAGGACGCCCCAAAAGCAACUCAAAAUCAGGACAUGUCCUGCUAAAUUAGGACAGAUGAUAUCCAUACUAAUUGCUUCACUGGAGUCGGUGUAUAAUAUUCAAGUCAAUGUAGUGCGUUUUAUGUAUUUUUCAUUGUUCAUUGCAUUUGGGUCCAAAGUCACAAAUUGUAAUGGGUCCGAGAAGUUGGAUGGCCUUUCAAUGUUUCCUUUAAACAGUUUAUAAUAUAAAUUCCCCGUUGAUUUGAGUGAGAUUUUAUGAUGCAGGAUAAAAUAUUGUUGUUAAGGAAUAUUCCAGUGUUUAAACACUAAUCAAAGAGGUAAUAUGAAAAGUGAGUUUCUCUGUCAAGUUUUCCAAUAACACACAUGCUACUACAGUUCCUGGAUUCGAAUCAUGAUUGAGGAUUCCACUGCAAUUGUUGCCAUUUUAUUCGAAGUGGGGAAACCAAUAUUUAUAGAUAGAGUUAAACAUAGUUCGACAAUGCCAAUGUCCCAGUUAUUUGAGACAUCUUUGUAGAACAAAGUUUUUUUUCUAUCUCUUGUAAUAAUCGAUAUAGCGCCUUUUUUGUAAGUUGCGUUAGGGUCACCAUAAAAAAGCAGUUUUUUUGCUCUAACUUUUCUAUUUCAAAUUCUACAUAAAAACUGUCUUGGCAAGACUUUUAGAGCUUACUAAUACAAACAUUUUGCGAUGAAGAACUUGUCAAUAUCUCAAUUUAAUUCAAAGCAAACUUAUGAAAAAGGCGCUAUAUCGGUUAUUUCAAGAGAUAGAAAAAAACUUUGUUCUAUAAAAAUGUCUCAAAUAACUGGGACUACAACAUUGUCGAACUAUGUUUACCUCUAUCUAUAAAUAUAAGCAAGUUAUAUUUUUUAAUUCAACGACAAUUUUAGUCACCCUAUUUAAUAUAACAUGAAAAUGAGCGCUCUAUUAUAUGUAACAACUUUGUCGAAGACAGUUUUUGUCUAGAGAAUAACUGUCGAGCUCUAAAUGCUAAUUUCCACUUAAAGGCACCUCCUGGACCAUUGUGCACUGUGUUAGGGUCUUAUAAGAUCGUGAUCGAUAUUCUAUGUGUAUAUCCUAUAACCGCCGUUUUAACAUGAGUAGUGAAUUAAAAUACUGCACAGAUGAACUAAUUUAGAAUUUUUGAUCCUUGAAGGAUGACAUGUCUUCCGAAAAGGAUAGAUAUUUCCUGCGUCAGAUAAACUCAACGCCAUCAAUUUGCCAUCAACCUUGUUCUAUUGGAGUGAUAAAAUUGUUACACUGAGCACACAUCCACUGAUGUCACGUAUAUAUGUGUAUAAUUGAGUUCCAUAUCAGCAAAAAAGAAACCUCACCGGCGUUUUCAUAGCACCCAGAGCAAACGUAAACAUGUCCUUACUACGAAACCCGUAAUAAAAUGAACGGCAUUAGACCACACACGUUUUGCUUUGCUUACAUUCGAACAGCUUUCUUUUCACAUGGAACUGAUUAUGGGGGAGCAAAGUUUUAACCCCACCAGAUAAUCCUGAUAUAUGAAGGCUAGAAUAGAGUGAAAUUAUUACGCUUCAGCAUGCCGUACACCAUCGAUGGAUACUAUCGUUACCAACAUUCGACAUAGCUUCUGUAAUCACUAUUCACUCGACCACUGCUACCACCGUGGCUUAUAGCUUCAUAACGUAGAUGUCAUUGGUAGACCACAUCAUUCAAUAUCUGUUAAUCCGUAACCGGUGUGACAAAGACAAAAUUAUUAGAACUUAUGACAGCUAUUUUUAGUGAAAAUAUUUCAUUUGUUUCAGUUGUCAUGAAAAAAUAUUUACAACUAUGAGCUGAAGAUAUUGAAACUGUCCAACUGAAACCGUGGAGGCUGAAAUUGCGUCGUAUGCACUAUACUCUCCACAACAAUCGAUUCCCAAAAUCCAAGAUCCAUCGUUAACGAAUAACCUUCGCAUCGCUGUAAUGAAGUACAGAAGCUUUUUCUUUCGCCUACCGGAGUUAUGGUCAUAGGGUGCAAUUGAACUUGUGCGGAACUCACCACGGCUUAGGAGAUUUUUAAUACCUAAAGGCCAAUCCAGCCCAGGAGAGAAAGGUUCUUCUGAGCAUGCGCAAGACAGAAAUGAUUAUCUGUUCUCUACAUGAGGUAAGAUAGUUCAUGCGGCCACUCAUCUUCGAUGUUUGACAUGGAUGAAACAUAAUAUUCUUCUCCGAUCGUACACUGGAAGUGAAAUUUCACAAAUAUAUUCAGAAAUUUGGAGAAAGGUGCUCCUAUUCCGAGCAUUUGAUUGUUCGGAAUUAGUAUAGUAAUUUCAGUUUAGGCUUAGAUUAGGUUGAGUAGGUAGUGUGUUCUAAUAACUUUCAAAAUAAUUUGAU